AAAAGUUAGAAUUAAUUUUAAAAAAUGAAUUUAUUCAUGUAUGAAUUUUAAAAGUGAGGGGAUGGCCUAUUUAUAACGCAUACAUCUCUCUUUUCUCCUCCGCCUUGGCCCUUGCGUUGUUUUUCAGAUCUGUUCCUUCCAAAGCCACAGGCAGAGUUUUCAUCUUUCAGAAGGCAGUUGAACAGCAUGGGUCGUGGUGUUAGCAGUGGUGGUGGUCAAAGUUCAUUGGGUUAUCUUUUUGGCAGUGGAGAGGCCCCGAAACCAGCACCAGCACCAGCAACAAAUAAUGCCCAACCUGAAGUGCAGCCUGUACAUAAUGAGCCUCCUUCAAAACCAGCUGCUCCUAAAACAAUAAUUGACCCAAACAAGCCCGCUGGUAUAAAUAGUAAUUCUGCAGAUGGCCUGAACACUGGCACCUUCAUCACGGACCGACCCUCAACCAAGGUCCAUGCUGCUCCUGGUGGUGGCUCUUCUCUUGGUUACCUCUUUGGUGGGCCUGGGGAAGGAAAAUGAUACUUUGUUUGCGAGGCUUUUGCUUGAAGAAUGUUGUGUGUUGCAAUUCAAGUCAUUGGAAACAUAUGGUGUAUUAUAGUUUAUGGGUUGCUGGGAUAAGUGAUCAAGAGUCUUAUAUUUUGGACUUGCUAAACAUCUGUUUCAUAACUGUUUGUCAGAAACAAAUAUUUCUAUUUUUAAGUGAACUUUUGCUUUUUGCACCUGAA